AUGGAGAAAAUCAAAGAAGCUGAAAACUACGAACGGAUCGACUUCGAUAACUUGGGUUUGGUCAUUUUUGGAAUUGAGCUUAUUGUUCACCACUAUCACUCUAAACAUCAAAGACGGGAAAAGGAGCGACGACAGUUUAUUGAAAGAUUGAGAGCACAACCACGGAUUAUUUUAUCCCCUGGUUGUAUUGUUCUGUCAAACACUCGCGAGUGA